UUUUUGUUUACUGUGGAAAUUGGAAUUGUUCUCCAGUAAUUCUCUUCUCAUACAUUUAUCAAUUUUUGGUUUUUUAAUGCAAAAUUGUUAAUCUAACCGCAAAGAAUAAUAUACAAUAAAUGAUUUGAUAUAAUUUGUAACCAGAAGAUAAACUAGUAUUUAUAAUACAACAAUUUACACAGCCACAAACAACGAUUAAAAUAAAUAAAAACAAUUUAAUAUUGAAAACUUGUUUAAAAAAUAAUAAAAAAAGUGCAAAGAUAAAAUUUAUUUAGCCAGACGACUUUCCAGUUAGAGAGCAGCAAGUAAUCAUAGGAAGAACAUAUAAUAUACUACCUUGUUAUGUGAAAACUUCUAAAAGCUAAAAUUAACAACUUGAGAGGAACCAAUAUAUAUAAAUUGGGUUCUUGGUACCAUAACAGCGGAGGAGCUGCAAGGAAGCCAUAAAUAAAUUGCAUCUAAAGAUGCUUCCGCGGCAGCAAACAGCGCAGCAACAGCAAACACAAUGUAAAAAUUUGGACUUUCGCAAACGCCAAAUUGAUACACUCAAAGUAUUCAACGACAACGUGGUCGAAGUUACAGAGCAAGAAGAGUAUUGUGUACAUUUCGAAUCUAGUGGACGCACAUUAUUACUUACAGUCCAACUCGGAGUGAAUUUUCCUAAUGAGCGACCCAAAAUAGUUAUAUCACCGACUGUGCAACAUCAUUGGGUUAAUGCAGCGACAGGUGAAGUGGAAACAGCGCCUGGUUUACUCAAUUACUCUCCUCAUUCGGAUCUGGGCCGCGUUGUGCAGGCCAUUAUACGCGAAUUUGAGCGUUUUCCACCACCCAUUGUCAAUGCUGGCAGCCCCAUAAAUAUACCAACGCGUACGUGCAACGCCAACGCAACAGCCACGCCAACAACCAUUGCGUCAAAAUCAUUGGACAGCAGCAAUGAGAAUUCUCCAUUGGAUUCCUCAAAAUCAUGUAAACUCAAUGAGAGCAAUUUGCCAAACUUAUCUACGCUGUCGUUGGAUGAACUGAAGCAGCUUGAUAGCGAUCCGCAAUUUUUCGAUGAUUUCAUUGAGGAAAUGUCUGUUGUGCAGCAUUUGAAUGAAGAGCUUGACUCGAUGAUCAGUCAAGUGGAGAUAAUAUCGCGUGAAAAUGAAUCUAAAGAAACACAUUUGGUCGAAUUAAAACGCAAACUAAGUGAUGAUGUGACCGCGCUUAAAAAUCUAGGAGAAAAGUGUGACCAACUGAAUAAAAAGUACUUAAAGAAGUCAGAGGAGUACGCACCGCAACACAUACGCGAGCUGCUGCAGAUAGCCGCCUCGAAUGCGGAUAGCGAAUGUGAUCGUCACGUUGAGCAAUUUCUGAACGGUAAAAUCGAUGUGCAAACAUUUUUAAACAACUACACGCAUUCGAAGAAAGUCAGCGCGGAGCGUAAGGCCAAAGAGGAACGUUUGGGUCAUCAGCUGACGGCUUUAGAGCGCGCCGCUAUGUAAGGCCACAAACAGCCGUACUGCAUAUCUCUGUAUUAUACAUGUACUUGCCUGCAUGUGAUCUAGCUUUAGUAGUUAUGAAUCUGGCGGAAAACAGUUGCAGCUAACUUGAAAUAGCGCGAAAAUGCUUUAAAUUGAAGCUACUAUUUUUUUAACCAAAUGACCUGCAUAUAGUUUUGGUCCUACUUAAGAUGGUGUCAAGUUUAUAGUGAAAGUGCGCGGUGAUGUCCAAUUCAUGUAAACAAAAACAAAAAAAAACUAAUUUCAAAAAGUAUAACGAAAAAUAAUUUAAAAAACUUGCGCUCAAUCAUAGUCAAGCAGUAAAACUACAUUUAAACUAAAAUUAGUUAGAUUUUUUUUCUUUUAAAGAAAAUGCGAAUUAAGUAUAUGUGAAAACCGAAAUUAUUUUUAUUUAAAUUAUUGUGCCGCUCAAACGAAUUCCAUUGUGUUGACUACGUAAUGAAUGUGUAAAAAAUAAACAUAAAUUGCGCGUAAUAAUGAGUGCGAGCGUCGUGCCGCCGCGUUUACCGCCAUAAAUAGCGCGUAAAUACAUAAAUACAUGCAUACAAACAAACAUACCAAUAUUGUGAAUGAAUUUCAUUUAAUUUCCUAAAUUUGUGCAAAUAUUUUGUAGUAUUGUAAAUGCGUUGUAAUUAAAAACAAAAAAAAAAAACAAGAAAAAAAAGAAAAGAAAAUUAAUAUAUUGUGAUUCCAUUAAUAACAUAGUAAUAAGUAGAAAUUAUUGGCAAUAAGUGUAUAUUUUAUUUAUUGCAAUAAAUUGAAUUCCAUGCAAAAUAUUAA